ACAAAAUGUAAUCAGCUACAGAACAAUAGCCUCAAUUAAGUGUUCCUGUUGCUCCCAGAAAUUGAAGUAGAGAAAACAUUCAGAUUUCUGAGUCCUGUAAAAGCAUGAUUCGGGACCAAACAGUGAUGCAUUAGCAACUUAAUUGUGUAUUUGGUUCGGAUAAUUUGGAAAUUGACAAUUAUGUGAUGAUUUGUUUGUUCUCAUUGAUUGUCUUUAAAUUGCUCUUUAUUUGUCUUCUGUCUAUGAUAUGCAUGUAUUUUAAUCACACUUCAACUGCUAACAGACGAACAUUAUGUUGACUCUAAUCUAUCAGCUGAAUAAAAGGAAAUCAAAUGUUAGAAACUUAUAAACUUACAAUUUGAUAUUUUCAAUUUAAGAUGAAAUCUGUGGAAGCGAAUGGAUCAUAUUAUUUUGAGCCUCCUUCUCUGGGACUAAGCUUCAUAUUUAUAUCAUUUGACAUACUCAGUGUUGUAACAAACAUUGCGAUUUUGUAUGUGAUCCUACGAGCCAAACCAUUAUGGAACCCAUGUGGACACUUCAUGUUUCUGGUUGCAUUACUGGAUACUGCUGAAGGAACAACAACUCUUGGAAUUAUCGACCAGAUAUUAAUUGGUAAAAUUAGCAAACUAAGUUGUAGGAUCCAGGCGUACCUAUUACUCGCUGUAGCAUAUGGUAGGUUGUGCAUAUUCACCUGUAUGAGUAUAAACAGAGCUAUCAUGUUGAAAUACCCAUUGAGAUAUGAAACAUUGGUGACAACAUUUAAAACAAAGAUAGUUCUAUUGAUAAUAUUUGAAUUGUGCUUUCUGUCUACACUACCUGUUCUACUUGAACAACACACAUACAGAGAUCAUGGAUAUCUGUGCGAGAUCAAGUAUAUUACAGAUCUAGAGUCUGUUUUUAACUAUAUAUGGUUUGGAAUGAUAAUGUUAAUUUCCACCAUCCUGAUUGUGGCAAAUGUUUCAAUAUUUAUAAUGGUAAGAGCACAGCAGAAGAAAAUCAAUGUCCUAACUGUAAAUGAAGAUGGCCAUCUUAAUAUGCAGGGACAAAGAAAGAAAAAAGCAGAUUUUAGACUACAACUGAAAGCAAUACGGAUGUUGUUCCUUGCAAUUGGCAUAUAUUUCAUUGCGG